AUCGAGAAGCAUAACAUUAACGGCUACGGUCUCCGCGCAGUCAUACAGGUCGCACCUCUCGAGGCCGUGCUGCAGAUCGCCCAAGCACUGGAUGAUGAGCACGAGCGGGGGAUCGACCGUGGUCCGCUGCAUGGUAUACCCAUUCUAGUGAAGGAUAGCAUCGCCACCCACGUUGAAUUGGGGAUGAACACAACUGCGGGGAGCUUGGCGCUACAGCAAAGUGUCGUUCCCGGGGAUGCGGAGGUGGUCCGGCGGCUGCGGGCGGCAGGAGCCAUCAUUCUGGCAAAGACUAACCUGAGCGAGUUCAAUUUGUACAAAGGCAGCAUGACCCCCAGUGCUUGGUCGGCGGUGGGUGGUCAGACCUCUUAUGCGUACGUCAAGGGUGGUAAUCCUCUUGGGAGCUCCUCUGGGAGCGCAGUGGGCUUGAGCGCCGGCUUCGGAGCGGCCGCUAUUGGCACGGACACCACCGGAUCGGUGCUGUCCCCGGCGAGCCGGGCAGGGCUCUUUGCGAUCCGGCCAUCGAGUGGUCUUCUGUCUCUCGACGGAAUCGUGACUGUGAGCCGAGAUAGAGACACAGUGGGACCGAUGGGGCACUGCGCUGCGGACGUGGCGAUCUUGCUCGAUGCUAUGGCCGGUACAGACGACAAAUCGCUCAGGAGCUUGACGAUGAGCGGAAACGUGGUUUGGUAUCUCCGAGCCGCUCAGGCGCCAAAGAUGGCCGGACUGAGACUUGGUCUGGUCCGCAACAACUUCCUUGACGAAGCGGACGGACGCAUCAUUAUGCCCAAAGGUGACGUACGCGCGAACGAGGUCGCCCUCCUCGGCGCGGCGGAUACGAUGCGAGAGGCGGGCGCCGAGGUGCUGAAUGUGAAUGUGGACCUAAAUUUUACGGAGUUUAAGGCGUUGGUGGCUGCCGAGCAGGCGAUUUGGCUCAGCGAUCACAAAGAGGAUCUCGGAGCGUAUCUUGCGGAAUUGGAGGAGAGUCCGAUACGAACCAUUGAGGAGUUGAUUGAGUGGAACAUCGAGCAUGCUACUGACUGUAAGGCCGAAGAAUUGCCUCCUCAUGCACCGACCCAGGAGUUUCUGAUCGACGCCUUGGCCGACGCUGGCAAGGGCACAGACACCUACCGCGCUGCCCAGGCUUUAUCGACCGAGUUGUCCGAUCCGAGAGGUAUCGACUACAUCUUCGCCAAGCACAACCUGGACGCUGCGGUGUUUGCGGUAGACUUGGGGGCACCGCAGGCCGUCACAGUGGCGAGGGGAUGUGCAGGCGUGAGCGAGUAUCAGAGUUAUGCUGACGAGAAAGGGAAAUGCGCCGUUAGGGUACAGCGAGGACGGCGCGCCGUUCGGGAUCUUGUUUGUGGUCAGGUCGAGGGAGGAGGAGAAGCUGAUCAGUAUUCUGUGAGAAGGGGUCUUGGGGCCGAGCUGAUAUGA